CGAUUUGGUGGCAACGACAAAUGGGUUGUACAUGCCGACAUCGAACAAGAUCGCAAAACAUCAAAAUUCGAAUUUAGAAUGACCUCCUAUGACCCAAAGACCUUCCGCGCUUUCUUUGAACCCGUAAAGCCCGUGAGACCCAUUUUUCUGUACGCUUCCUCCAAACGUCAACGACCACAAAUCACGUCCAUCACCUUGCUAGAACACAGGAACGGCCAUGUCGCCGUCGAAGAACAGAUUACUCAAAAUCCUCUUUCAUUUUCGGUAAAUGAUCCUGGAACAUUUUGUUUGUUUAAGAAUAAAUCAUUCUGGCAUAUGUACGUUCGAGUCACUAUGGAAGAUGGUUCACGCGAUAAGAAAAAAAUCCCUCAAAGAUAUGUGACGCCGUUAGGAUUUGAAAUGGAGGUGGAUCUGGAACAUGAUAACGAGAAUGUCGAGGACUUGAAACUUGAUAAAAAUAUUCUUACUCCACCGCCAAUUGUAAGGUCUGUUUCAUCAUUUCCAUUUCGCAAUCACACCUUCACGGAUUGGUGUGUGAAGAGACCGUCAAAAUGGAAAAGAAAGUUAUUGGACGGCUUAUCUUACCG